UGGAAGAAAAGAUGUAAUUUCUGAACUAAACAGCUGUAAUGUUGAAUUUUCGUAUACCAAGGUUUUUCUAGUGUCUACAGGUGGAGUUAUGUCUCAAGUUUGUUCAAAUUGUGGUGGUAGUGACAUUGAUUUUGAUCCUUCGCGUGGUAAUGCUGUGUGCAUCAACUGCGGCUCGGUUCUCGAGGAUAACAUCAUAGUUUCUGAAGUACAAUUUCAAGAAAACAGCAUUGGUGGUACUAGUGCUAUUGGACAGUUUGUAUCGUCUGAAGGAAACAAGACUGGAAUUGGACUAGGCACAGGUUUUAGACAUGGCCUUGGUCAGGAAUCAAGAGCUGUUACACUUGAAAAUGGUAGAAAAAGGAUCAAUAAUUUAGGUCACCAGCUUCAAAUGAAUCAGCAUUGUAUUGACACAGCAUUCAAUUUUUACAAACUUGCUGUGAAUAAAAGACUAACAAGAGGAAGAAGAACUAAUCAUGUUGUUGCUGCAUGCUUGUACUUGGUUUGUAGAACAGAGAAAACACCUCAUAUGUUAUUAGACUUUAGUGACAUACUGCAGAUUGAUGUAUUUACUCUUGGAAGAGCUUACUUAAAACUUGCACAAGAACUCUACAUCAACCUUCCUGCAAUAGAUCCCUGUCUUUAUAUCCAUCGAUUUGCACAUAAGCUUGAGUUUGGAGAAAAAGAGCAUGAUGUUGCUAUGACAGCACUAAGACUCGUUGCCAGGAUGAAAAGAGAUUGGAUUCACCAUGGCCGUCGCCCUUCUGGUCUUUGUGGAGCAGCUCUCCUUGUCGCAGCUCGAUUUCAUAACUUCAGUAGAUCAGUCAAAGAAGUUGUYAAAGUAGUGCGUAUAAGUAACACGACAAUCAGAAAACGACUUGGUGAAUUUAAAGACACUCCUUCAAGCCAACUUACCAUUGAUGAAUUUCAGAAAAUAGACUUGGAAGAAGAGCAAGAUCCACCUUGUUUUACACAUGCAAGAAAGAAGGCAAAACAGCAAUCAGAAGAACUUAAUAAUCCAGAGGUCACCAGUGAGGUGRAAAAGUUUCAAAAUGAGAUUGAUAACAUUCUAGGAAUUACCAAAGAAAUAUCUAACAGCAUCCAAGAAAGUGCUGUUAUCCAAAACAAACAAAGUGAUACCAGUGAAUUUAGACAGUCGCAAAAUACUGACAUUUAUACUGCCAAUAUUGAAAGUAUGUGGAAAAGAAGAAGGAAUGCAGAUUAUGGAAAUUUAGAGAAAAAUACUACAGAAGGAUGCUUAGAUAAUGAGAGCAAAGAAGAUGAAACCGAUGAUGGUGAACUUGAUCUUACGGGUCUGGAUGACAAAGAACUUGAUUCAUGUUUACUAACUAAUGACGAAAUUGAGAUAAAGACAAAGAUAUGGAUGGAAGAAAACAAGGAAUAUCUAGAAAAAAUGAAAGAGAAAGAAGAAAGAGAAGCAAAAGAAAGAGAACAGGGAAUAAACAAACCAGAACCAAAAAAGAAAAGAAAACCCAAGGCCAAAAAGGCUCCUCCAGCAGCAACCGCAGGAGAGGCCAUUGAGAAAAUGUUAGUAGAAAAGAAAAUAUCAAGUAAGAUAAAUUACGAGGUACUAAGAGACCUGGAGACAAGUCAGUCCGUCAAACCCAAUCAACCAGAUCCUACUUCUACGAUACAACUUGAUCCACCACCGAGUACCCCAAGACGAAGACUUAGCACAGGAAGUCAUCAGUUUCUCGUACCCGAAGUGCCUGUUAGGAAGGGACCGAUAAAAAGGGAAGCGCAGAAACCGCUAGUUUCAUCAUUGGAAAAGUCCAAGAAACAAAAGGUUACUUCUGUGCAAGAGAAGGACGACUCUACUGCUCGUGACGAAAGGGAAGUUGUGGUUGAGAGUGGUCCAGUAGAUUAUACAGGGACUGACCAAAAUACUUUAGCGAACGACGUCGAACAAGAAGAAGACGAUUACUUUGACGACGAGGAAGAUGAACACCAUGUCAGCGCAGCGCAGCUUUUGGGAACUAUGUACAAUAGCGGGGCAGAAGAAGAGUUUGCAGAAUACGACGAUGAGUACUAAAGAACAGUCUGGCGACUACAUCAACUAAAUUAUAAGAAAAUUUUUGUACAUACUACAAAGUCUAAAUAAUUGAAAAAGAUAUAAUAGGGAACAAAUGAAAAUAAAUUAUAGGGCAAUUAUAGAAUUGUUCGAACCCUUACAAGGAUC